UUCAAGUUAAUAUUUUACAGCGUAUUAUAAAAAAUAAUUGUGUGCGAGGCAGUAGUUGCUGAGGACGCCUUUACUACUUCCGGUGUCAAUAUUGCAGUGGAUACAAUACAGAAAUGACUUUUUCAUAAAUUCACUGAACUAAAGGAAAGAAAAUGGCCAGGUUGAAGUAUGCGUGUGACAUGGACAAGUCAGUCCUGUUAAACAACUUUGAAGCUCGGGGUUGGAUACCUGUGAGUCAGGAUGACGACUGGAACUUUUAUUGGGCCAAUGUGCAGAGCGUUAGAAACAUUUUUAGUAUAGAUUCUGGCUACAGACUCACAGAUGACCAAAUCAUAAAUCAUUUCCCAAACCAUGUGGAGUUAACACGAAAAGAUCUGAUGGUGAAAAACAUCAAGCGAUACCGCAAGGAUCUCGACAAAGAAGGGAACCCCCUAGCAGAGAAGGACGAAUUUGGGCGCUACAUUCACUUAGACUUCAUUCCACAGACAUUCAUGUUACCUGCAGACUACAACUUGUUUGUGGAGGAAUUUCGAAAAAAUCCUAAUACAACGUGGAUUAUGAAACCUUGCGGGAAGGCUCGAGGCAUUGGGAUUUUCCUGGUGAAUAAAUUAUCUCAGCUGAAGAAAUGGUCUAGGGAUAGUAAAACAAGCAAUUUCACACCCCCAACUUCCAAAGACACCUAUGUAAUCUCCAAGUACAUUGACAACCCACUCCUGAUUGGAGGCAAGAAGUUUGACCUGCGUCUGUACGUGUUGGUCACAUCUUUCCGCCCGCUCAAAUGUUACAUGUUCAGACUUGGGUUUGCCCGGUUCUGUACAGUGAAGUACAACGCCAGUGUCAACGAACUCGACAAUAUGUUUGUUCAUCUCACCAAUGUCUCCAUACAGAAACAGGGGGAUGAGUAUAAUGCAGUGCAUGGUGGGAAAUGGACGAUACAGAAUCUCCGUCUUUUUCUAGAGAGCACACGUGGAAAGGAUGUCACAGACAAGCUGUUCGAUGAAAUUAACUGGCAGACCGUUCAUUCUUUAAAAGCUGUGUCGAAUGUGAUAUCCAACGAUCGCCACUGUUUUGAAUGCUACGGGUAUGACUACAUUGUUGACGACAAUCUCAAGCCAUGGCUAAUUGAGGUGAAUGCCUCCCCAUCUCUGACUAGUACGACGUCCAGUGACAGAAUCAUGAAAUACAAACUGAUGAACGAUCUCAUAAACAUUGUCAUACAGCCAGGUCAGAUGCCAGAUGUGCGGUGGAAUAGAAUACCAUCCAAAGAUUCAUUAGGAAACUUUGAUGUUUUGUUUGACGAAGAACUUGCUCAGCAGGAUCAGGUGCUCCAGGAUUCCAAGAAAGCGGGACCUGGAGUACGAGGAUUCAAGGAUUUACGUGGACGCCCCUCUCCUGCUACAUGGAAAUGAACCAGACCUAAUAACUUGAGAUCUCAAAACCAACUUUUAAGACAUUAUUUCACAUUGAAUCUGAAAGUAUAGGUCAUUUGGAAAUAUUAUGCAAUAUGGUAAAUCUAAUUGAAGUAAAAUUUUCAGAAACUUGAAUUUUGACUAAAAGUAUGAAUUUACAUGAUAUAAUGUUGAUAUUUAUGGCAUAUUUAGAUGCAAUAAUGCAUUUUGCCAAUAAUACAAAUUAGUUGUGUCUGGGUUAUGAAUUAAUUUCUGUAAAACAGAUACAAUGUACAUGUAACACCAUCAACACACUAACAAUAAUAGUUUUUUAAAAAUGUCUGUGAUUUAUAGAGCAGAAAUGUUCUUAUACCUAUUGGUAAGUUAUGGAGUUUAUUUCUGGAGAGUGAGUGAGUGGGUCAAUAACUUAAUAUUUUUCACUGAUUUCCUUUGCAUAAGAAUCUCCAUCAGAAAGUUUUGUUUAUCAAGACAUUUUCAUUAAUAACUGUCACUGUGCAGCCUCGAGAAGCCAAGAUUCUGGAAUAAUUUUUGCAAAAGCAAGUGCAUAUUUGAUAGUGAUAAGUUUAUUGUAAGAUUUCAUUUCACAACAUUUUUGCUAUUUUAUUUUUAACAGACCUGGUAUACGUUGAGAAAGUAUUAUGUUUUUCAAAUAAUUAUGGAUGGGGUUUUUUUUCAUGUGAGUACCCUGGGUAUGUCUUUAUACAUGUAUAUCAUCGUAUAAGAGAGAGAAUCUGUCAAUGAUCUAUUCGUCCUCUGUGUAAGAAUGAUCUGUCAUUCGUGUGUAAGAAUAAUACAGAUAUUCUUUCCCCACCUUGGGGGUAUUAAAGACAGAUAAAUCUUAACUCAAGAAUCAUGUAUAUUUCUUAAAUGUCCAGCCCAAGGUUUUGCUGAGGACAAGACGUUUAAGAAUAUAACCUCGAGGGUUUAAAUUUUUCUUACUCCAAAGUAGGGAAAUAAAAAACAGUAAAAGUAGUGUUUUUGUGAAACAAACUUGAUUGCAUACUUUCCAGCAAAUCCAGUGAGUUAUGUUCCAUGAUUAGCUUUUGUUGAAAAAUCUUUCCCUGACCGGAAGUUUGGAUAUCUUUGUCUAAUAGGGAAGAAUGAUCUUUCUCUUACCCUGGACAGGUGUAUCCACACUUUUACCAGUGUGAGAUGUCCUUGUCUCACUCUAGGGUUGAGACGGGGGAAUUCCCCUAUUCAUAACAAUGGUAUCACAUCACAUCGACCACACAAUGACGUCGAAUCACGUCAAGCUCCACCCCGAGUUUAGCCAUUGCAUUGUGUAUAUGAUACACAAUCAGAGAACAGGGUAAGAGAAAAAGAAUCAUUAACACCCUGGGGGUUAAGAUAGGGGCAAAGUCUUGUGUUUGGCAACUUAAGAAUCUUUCCCCGAGGGUUCAGAAGCUGAGUGUUUGGUAACUUAAGAAUCUUCCCCCGAGGGUUCAGAAGCUGAGUGUUUGGUAACUUAAGAAUCUUUCCAGAGGAUUCUAUUAAUCUAAUAGGGAAGAAUGAUCUAUAUGUCCUGUGUGUCAGAGUGCAUGUGAUUGUCCUGUAAGAAUAUCUCAAACUGCUGUUGUAUAUACAUAUUUAAAUCAUGAUAAUGAUAUUGGAUGUAAUCAAACUAUUACAUAACUGAUUUUCUCAUUUUACUUCUCCGGUUACAAAGUAAGUUUAAAUGACUCUACUUAUGAAGUGCAAGAGCAGUAGAUUGAUAAAUUAAGAAUCCUAGCUAUAGGAUAAACUUCCUGGUGUAAGGUGGGUCAAUUUGGAGAUCCCAGAAUUAUACAAGAUUUAUCCUGAGAUUUGUCAACCUAUAUGGUAAAAACUUAAUGGGAAGUAAGUAAACAAGUCAAACGGUAGCUGCUGAUUAUCAUGUAAAUGGAAUUGUGAUGUUAUUUAAUUGUAUCAGUACAAUGUCAAGAACACAAUGUAUUUUUAUGAUCAUUCCGAGUUGUUAAACAAUAUUUAUAUACAAAAAUAAAUUGUAACAAAAUAGUC